AUGAGUGAUGUAGAACAACUACAAGGUCCUGACAGGCCCAUUCAGACAGAGUGGCCUGAACGUGGGGAAGAGUGGAGCGACACGGAGGAAGACUGCCAGCUCCAGGUCAUGGCGGAGGAGGACGAGGAGAUCAACAUCCGCAACGAGGAGACGUUUGGGAUGGACAUGGACACGCCUGUAGAGACGAGCGGAGGGGCCAGUCUGCUGCCGUUUGCCCCAGUUCUGCCAACACCACCUCCUCCUACACCACCACCACCUCCUCCGCCCCCUCCAGCUGACAAACCUGCCCCUCUGCCCUGCGCUCCAUCCCCACCAAGAAGAGUGGGGUCCCGGGCCCCUGCACCGCAACGCAGCCGAGAGCGGGGGGUCCAGAGUGGGAUGGGCACAGAGAUGUUUGAAGACCCUGCAGUGAUGAGGAUGGUGGAGGGACGGCCCAGUAUCAAGUCCAAUCGUUUUUCUUCGAACCGCUCCUGUCCCUCCACUCCAAAGAUGAUGCAACUUUGCUUCGGAGCAAACUCUCCGAGACCCUCGCAGUUUUACAGUCCUCCUUCUGACCCAGUGCAGCGCUUCAGGUACCCUGAUCCUGUGACUCAGCUCCAUCCUCAGCAUAAGAGACUGCUCGUUCAAAAGCAGCGCAUGUUCCAAAGAAAAGCAGAGGACUGGGAUCCUUGGUGCAAUCUCAUGACUGCCAAAGAAAAGGAGUGGAUUACUCGACUACAGAUGAUUCAGCUGCAGAGUGAGAAUCCCUAUCAGGAGGAUUACUAUUACCAGGAGUACUAUCGCCGCCUGGAAGCCAAGCUCGCAGAAGAAGAACUGGGCAUAAAGGGCAAAAAGGAACCUCCCAAACUCACCACUCCUUACAUCACCAAGACUGACGUGUAUUCACCAGUGUUGCACAUCGAAGGCUCUUUGGGUCAAGUGGCUGUUUCCACGUGUUACUCUCCUCGUCGAGCCAUCGGUGCAGUUCACGCUGUGCAAGGCCAUGGCCAACAUGAGUUAUUCAUAGUUUUGCUGGAGGUGGAGGAGACUGAGAGGACAAAGACCACUGUCCUCUCCGACACAGAAGAGAGAAGAAUAAUGGAGAAGACUCAGCGCAAAGUGGACCACAUUUACUUUCAGAUCCAGAACCAUGACCCGCUAAAUUCUACAGGAGAAUUUCUACCUUUCCUGAUUGUUUCAAAAGGCAAGAAGCUAAUUGCUCGCCUCUUAUCGUUUCUGAAGCACGAAUCUUCAUUAAAAAUCCUGAAGAUUGUGGUUCGCAACCUGCCGACUCUCAUAAACAGAGACACUGAUGAGUUUGGUCUGUCCUUGCUGUACGCGCUGCUGUCGCAAGGAGAAAAGCUGCUGUCAUCAGGUGUUCCUCUUGAGCCGAGCAUUGGUGACUUUGAGGCCUGGACGGACACCAUAUUCCAGGUGGCCGGACAGCUCUCCCAGUGCUCGCUGGUUGAACCUCUUCUACUGCCCUCAAACUUGCUCACGCUCUUUUGCCGAUACCUGGACAAGCGCACAGUGCACCAACUCAAGAGCAACAUAGAAGGGGUUGGGCUUAGGCGUCCCAUCCUCUAUAUAAAGAUGCGACAUCACAGGCUCUGUCCAACUCCAGGUACUCCCCUCAUCAGUCUCCUCAGUUUCACAUUUCUGCUUAGAACCAUGUGGAGACCUGCGCUGCUGAGUGUGGUGGUUCUGUGGCUGCUCCAGACGGUGCACUCCAGGGGAUAUCCACAGAAUGGAGGAGGGCUGCCAACCAAGGGAGUGGGUCAAGUGAUGGGGGCACAACAAGGAUAUGGAGGUUACCCAAAUAAAGCACAGGGUUAUGGGGGUGGGGCUGCUCCUCAAGGUGGAGCGCCCAUGAAAGGUUAUGGGGCUGGGGCUGGUGCUUCUAAUGGACAAAAAAGAAAGCCACAAGGUUACAAUCCUCUUGCCGGCAUCAGACCGGGUAACGCUUAUCAAGGCGGACAGAAUGGAUACGGUGCACAGAACGGACAGAAAGCCAUCCGUGGACCCACCAACAUGCACCCUCAUGGAGCAGGACCCACUGGACCUGGGAUGGGGGUACCAGCACAGGCAGGAUAUCAAGGCCCAGCCUACGGUGGUAAUGGAUACGGAGCCAAGAACUUAGGAGGUUAUGGAUAUGGAAUGGGUGGAGCUAACAAGCUAAAACCAGGAUAUGGAGGUAAUGGAUAUGGAGCAAACCCAAAUAAUGGAUACAACAUGAACGGAGCCCGACCAAUGAAACCUCAGCCAGGUAUUUCAUUCAUUAUGUCAGUUUUAAAGAGGCUAACCCUAACGAUGCUGGUUGGCUCUCUAGUCUACACUAACGGAGCAGGGAUCCCAGCGUAUGGAGAUCAGCAGAAAGGUUACGGAGUCCCAGGACAGACGCCUGGAGCAGGAAAUGCAGGUUAUGGCGUGGGGAAUGGAAAGUCGAAGCCGACCGGCUCCCUCGGAGGACAAGGCCUGAAGGGAGGACUUCUCUCUGCUGUCCAGCCCGCUGCUCAGGGGGCUCCCAUGCAGGGGAUGGUGUCCCCAGACCAGUACCAGAAGCCACAGGGCAAGGUCUACAGCCAGGAGGCUCAGGCCACACUUGGGCCUGCUCUGGUCCCUCAGUACAACCCGGACUCUUUCCCCACACCAGGCCCUGUAUUCAUGAACGCUGGGGGGAAGAACUCCAAAAUAUCUGGAGCUGGAGCAGUCGCCCAACCAGCUGCAGCGCUUCCACAAGGCAAGUGCCCAGAUGUUCAUCAUCCUGAUACAGAUGCACCACAGCCUGAACAUGUGGCCUCUCGCUUUGACGACGGGAAGUAG